UUAAGGACUGUUUGAAACAAGGGAGCCACGUAGUCGCUUUACAGUUUCCCCUGUUUUUCAUUAGAAAAAGAAGAGAAAAAGUUACCACGAGAGGAAAAAAAAACGCAAAAAUAUAUCGAAAAAAUUAUUUGAACAUUGAAUUAUUUACUUUAUGAGUUUUCUCGUGAAACAGAGGAAUAUUAAUUUAAGCGCACACACGUGUGUCAUGCCCUUGUGCCUCCAGGAGUUGACGAAUUUAAAGAGUGACUCCCAUUAGUUGAGGUGGAGAUAGGGAUUAAAAGGAAAUUUCUUCAUGAUAUAGUGAUAAACUCUCCGGAUAAAAUCAAUUGAAUAUCAUCAGCUGUUUGACAUUGAAUAAAUUUAUCAAAAUUAAAUGCAAAGAAUUAUCGUACCAGCAAAAUUGUGAAUCAAGUUGUGGAUUGUGGAAUCAAGAACAACAAGAGAAUAUAAAGACCAACUACUGAUAAUGGACUUUGGAUUGCACUCGAUACCGCAGAGUACUGAGUUAAUUCUCAUUACCGAUUGAAAUUCCAUGGUGAUAAUUUCCUAAAAUCCCAGAAAUUGUCGGCACAUUCGAAGAACAAAAUUAAUAAAUAAAAAAUUGAUAGCGUGAAAUUAAAACAAUAAAUAAAACAAAAAUCACUUGAAAUUACUGCGAAUGGAGUUACAAGUUAUGAUGGAAGCCAGCACAGAGACGUUGAAUGGAACAAUGUGGCUGGGUCACUCGCCAUCUCCACCUUAUCAACGGCUAUCACCACCCGUUCGACACGAAGGACGCGAUGUCAUCACAGCUCAACAAGUGUCAAUGGGUUAUCAUGUGUCAGACAGUGGUAUACUCUGGCACGAUAAGCGUGAAUCACCAAAAACUACGCCAGAUGCCAAUGAUCAUCAACGCACAAAUGGUGGAUCAAACGGCAAUUCCCCAACGUCAGAGGAGGAGAGCUUUAAUCAAUCAUCCAACGGUCUCAAGCGGCGUUCCACCGAAGCAAAUCAGUCAAUUGGAGAAUUGGAUCGAAAACAUGCCAGAAGAGAUGGAUCAAUUGGUAGUAAUGGCUCGGCCCAGUGGUCCUCCCGCCAAGUUGAAGAGCUCGCUGAACACUUUGCAGCAGAUUUUGAUGGCUCUUUCUCUGCUCUGGCAGCUAACGACCUUGCUAAUGCCGUGGCGUCUUAUAACAUGAGUGAGGCUCUCCUGGCAUUACCCUCGCUGACAGUCUUCAAGCAGGAAGCCCCCUCCCCGGAAAAUCAAGCCAACAAUCCAAACCUUAACCACGUGACCCAACGAAAUCUCGUCGGUUCAUAUCAAAAUGGCACUGUGGCCUUACCGGUCGAACCCGACAGCAACAAUAAUAGCAACAAUGGCAACGCUACAACUACAAAUACAGCGGCAGUAAAAGCUAGCAACAAUAACAGCGGUGAUAAUAUAGCCAUUGCGGGCAACGGUGCCAAUGGGGAUCGAGCUCAAUCAACAACCAGCCUUCAUCAGCUCUUGUACUCGGGUAAUGAUGAAUAUCCACCGAUUUCCUCGUCCGGUAAUCAAGUAUCCUCGUCCCAGCAAGGAAACGAAUUCAACGAGGACAGCCGUUUUCAGUAUGUGCUGGCAGCAGCUACGAGUAUUGCAACUAAAUUAAACGAAGAGACACUCACUUAUCUCAAUCAGGGGCAGUCUUAUGAGAUUAAAUUGAAAAAACUUGGAGACCUUUCGGCUUAUCGUGGGAAAAUACUCAAGUCGAGCAUUCGUAUAUGCUUUCACGAGAGAAGACUCCAGUACACCGAAAAGGAGCAGAUGAUCGCCUGGCAGAGGACACGCCCUGGUGAACGUCUUCUCGAGGUCGAUGUACCACUCAGUUAUGGUAUGAUGGAUGUAUCCCAGAACACAGUAUCCAAGAAUAUCGUUGAAUUCAUGUGGGAUCCAACCAAGGAAGUCGGCGUUUACAUCAAAGUUAAUUGUAUCAGUACGGAAUUCACGCCCAAGAAGCAUGGUGGGGAGAAGGGUGUGCCAUUUAGAAUUCAAGUGGUGACUAAACUCCCGGGUGGUCCACGUCUACAUGCGGCCUCCUGCCAAAUCAAGGUCUUCAAACUUAAGGGGGCUGAUCGUAAACACAAGCAGGACAGAGAUAAGAUUCGUCGGCGACCGCCCCAUGAGCAGGACAAUUACCAGCCCAGCUAUGACUGCACAGUGCUCUCAGACAUCCCGUUGGAGGCGUUAACACCAGCUAGUCCAUUAUCCCAGAACGAGGGCAGUCCGUACCCACCAACCGAUGCAAUCUCACAACCGAGUCCCAAUAACGUUAGCGCUGCUUCACCUCCUCUGACAGUUGUGCCAGUGUUUGUGUCAGUUGCAGCUCCUGGUGGACAAAUUUCUAGCUCAGAACAGACUGUCCAGGAUGACACUAAUGACUCUGUCACCACUGUCAACCGUCAGUCUUCAUCGCCAGUUAAUUUACCUGAUCAAACAACCUGUAAUGACGUGACACCAUCUAUUGGGCCUUCGGAGCUGCCGGCCGAUGCCAAUGCUGUUCAAACUUGCGCUUGGUUGCGCGUCAAUCGUUUUCAAGCGUUCGAAACGGUUUUCGCUAAUUUCUCAGCUGCUGAUAUUCUCAGAUUGACUAGGGACGAUUUAAUUCAGAUAUGUGGACUUGCUAAUGGAAUAAGAUUGUUCAAUGCACUCCAGUCAAAACCACCAACACCGAAGUUGACACUCAAUGUUGCGCUGGAAGGAGGCAACUCUUUGAUGUGGCAUGCUCUUCAUCUGCAGACUCGCACCAGUGGUGCAUUGUCAAGCAAGUUAAUUACUACAUUCAAUUUACCCAGUGAUCGUCUACAUUCCGUUCUACUCCAGGGACCACAGGGAAUUCAUUUAGUGGCGUCGAAUGAGCUUGUUGCUUACAUGAAGGAUGACCGUAUGUUUCUGGUUGAAAUAAUAAGAGAUUCAUCGAGUGACCGAUAUAAACUGCUUUUGAAGCCGUUUUUUCGCCAAAUACGAAAUGACAAUGAAGCAAGGAUCGACAAUGAGACUGUUCAUUAGCCGUUGAUGAUACUGGAGGAAUUUGUGCCAAGGAAUUGUGAGGGUAUCACCACUUCCAUUGGAGAUCUCACGCGAUCAAAACAAAAUAUUUUUUUAUUGCAAUUCUAAUUGAGAUGUGAACCCAAGAGAAGGGAGAGUGACUAAUUACGAAUAAAACACGCGAUAAUUAAGUUUCAUUAGAAUGCUCUGGUUAGCAGAGUGAUAUUGCUUCAGGUUAGUGUCUACAGCGUGUGUUGAUUAGUUACGAUUUUAGUAGCUUUACUCCACAUUAAAGAGGUAACUGAGAAUUAUACUCAUUUUAUUUAGGUAAUUUCUAUUAAGGAAUUUAUAUCGAUAUUGAUUUUUCAUAUUUUUUGUUUAAAGACAUGCACAACAAGAUUUUACGAAAAAUUCGCGGUGAAUUCGUAGAAAAAAAUCAGUUGAAAUUUUUUAAACUAACAGAAAACCGUUAAAAUUUAAUUAUUCUCUGGACUUUAUUCUGUGGAAAUAUUUCAGCUCAUAGGGUCCAGCUGGACUAACAUGGUGAACCUUUCUCCAGCAAAUUUCAAUACGAAAAUUUUUACAUUUAUUUAUUAAUUAUUAUUCUUUAAAACAUUCGUAAUAUUCAUUUCCUGAUUUAUCAUGACUGGAAAAUUGUUUUUCUUUUUAGUUUGAGUAUUUUUACAGCAAUUAGAAAGUAUUGAAGUAUCUCAAAAAAUUUUGGUAACCAGAAACUUGUCAGAAUUUGUUGCAAAAAUUGGCGCAUUGGAUUUCGUGAUAGCACGUUAACCACAUUUAUCCACAUUACCCUUAUCUAUAUUAGAAUUUUCCAAUCAAUCCGUUAAGUUUUGUUAUGAUUGUGUUGUGCCCGGGAAGAUUAUUAGCAAUAAUUAGAUUGCCGUGCAAUUACCGAGCAUCUGGGACGAUUUACGAUUUUUAUGAUAGAAGAAGCUGCUGCGCUUCAUUAUUAUAUAUGGAUAGAUUUAUUAUUAUUAUUAUAUUACGGUAGCUUGUGUGAUGAUGGAAAAGAUGGAUAGAAGUGAAUGGAUUAUUCGCGAAUUACUCAGGUAUUGUUGAAAAUGACUUUCCAAGCUGGCGCCUGAGCAACAGCAUAAAAUGGAAUUAUGGAAGCCCUCGGCUUGGAAAAAUUUUAUUCAACCUCUGCCGUGGAAAAUAUAUCGCCAAGACCCCACGUGCUUGUGAAUUCUGUGGGGCACAAUGAUCUAUGCUCCACGGCUAGGGUUGAAAUGUACUAUUCAUGGCUUUGGAUAGACAGUUCACGAAAUUUGACUGCUCUAAAAUUUGAGAUUGGAAUUCAAGUCCUUGGAGUUCUAAAUCUGUUGAUAAUUUUGUAUGGUUAAGUUUUUCUUUGUUUUUAUUAUUUCACAGUAGCUUUUGUGAUGAUGUAGGAGAAGUGAAUAGAUUAUUCGCGAAUUACUCAGGUAUUUUUAAAUGUCUUUCGACGGCUUUUGAAAUGUCAGUUCAAAAUAUUGAACUUCCCCAAUGUUUGAAAUGACAGAUAAAUAAUUUGGAGAUUUGGUUAUUUCUAGACUUAAUGGAGGAUUGCAUGAGUGCCUCGAAUAAAGUAGAUGUUCUACUUUGGCAAUUUGAAGUAAUGCCGUUUAUGGGUACAAAAUAUAUAUUUUAAAUAUAUAAUUUCAACUAAUUAAUAAAUAUGAUGAUUAAAAUAUUAA